AUGCUUGAAUCUAUCUAUCUAUCUAUCUAUCUAUCUAUCUAUUUAUCUAUAUAUCCUAUGUUAUUUAUCUAUAUUUAUCUAUUUAUCUAUCUAUUUUAUCUAUCUAUCUAUCUAUCUAUCUAUCUAUCUAUCUAUCUAUCUAUCUAUCUAUCUAUCUUUCUUUUCCUUUUUUCUAUCAAUAAAUCUAUAUUAUUUCCCUUUUUUAUCUAUAAAUUUAUUUCACUUUCUUUUUUAUCAUCAUUGCUUUUUUAUUUAAAUUUCCUUCUUUAUCUAUCUAUCUAUCUAUCUAUCUAUCUAUCUAUCUAUCUAUCUAUCUAUCCCACUUUCCUAUCUAUCUUCUUUGUGCCCAUAUAUCGAAUUUUUCUUUUUAUCAAUCUAUCUAUAUUUUUUCUUUUUAUUUAUCUAUAUAUAUCACUUUUUUUAUCUAUUGCGCUCUUCUGUUUAACUAUCUAUAUAUUUAUCUAUCCGACUUUUAUCUAUCUAUCUAUCUAUCUAUCUAUCUAUCUAUCUAUCUAUCUAUCUGAUUUUUUUUUAUAUAUAUCUAUGUAUAUCAUUUUUUUAUCUAUUUUGCGCUCUUCUAUCUAUCUAUCUAUCUAUCUAUUUAUCUAUCUGAUUUUUAUCUAUCUCACUUUAUCUAUCUAUCAUUUUUUAUCUAUUUAUCUUUUCUUUUAUCUAUCUAUCUAUCUAUCUAUCUAUCUAUCUAUCUGA